AUGGCAAAUAUAGCACGGAGAGGCUCUAUGACACCGCAGUGGGGUAAUAAGGAGAGCACUGGGACGGGGACACAAUCUGGCCGUCAGGCUUGCGAGAUUUGCAGAGAGCGUAAAGUUCGAUGUGAUCGCGCCGAACCUAGAUGUGGACGAUGUACUCGUCUAAGCCUACGAUGCGGUUACGAUAACAAGCGGCGUUCGACUCGAGAUGAUCUGCCAGCGCAACUUUCACAGCUUGAGGACCGACUAGCCAAGGCCGAAGCACUCCUCUCCAUGCCUAGGAGCCAUACAAUUCCUACUCCUCCGCAUGUCGAAAAACCCCCAACACCUACUAUGAUAGAUCCAACCAUCACGGAGAUAUCACAAUCUACCAACCAACCAAGCAGUGCUAUGGACAUGGAUCUUACUCUCCCGUGUGAGACAAGUUUAUCUUCUAUAGACGGAAGCGAUAUGGACCUUUUUACCAACUGUAACGACUAUCCUGAAAGCACUUCCGGUUUAUCGUUAGACUGGACAACAUUAUCACUCCCGCUCCUCGAGCCCACCGUGAGCCCGACUUCUCUAACACCGCCAAGCAUAUCCUUCCCGCCUCAAAUAAUGCCAUCUUCCAGCCAUGAAGAUGAGGUACCGGCGUGGGACUUGGCUGCGCUACAUCAGAACUAUUUUGACUUUAUUUAUUAUUAUCUGCCUUUUCUGAGCAAAGAACGCUUUACUGCGGAACUCUCCACAAAUGGAAAUUCACCCGCAUUUCGUGCUCUAAGUUAUGCAGUGGCCCUAAUGGGUUGUACCAUCUCAUUACAAUAUCAUCAUUUACAAAAUACAUACUAUACCAUGGCUCGCAACUAUGCCGAGCAAUGUGAACGAGAAGCAGCAGAAGGAGGCACAGCAAACCUCAACCUAUUCCAGGCGCUCAUCUUCAUCAUAAGGUUCGAAAUCAUGGAUCAUAAACUAACGAGGGCCUGGCUGACGCUGGGACGCGCGGUGAGAAUGUCGAAAUUGAUGGGAUUACACCAAAUGGACCAAAAUAUCAAGCAUGACGAUACGGGCUUGGACAUGGGGCUUUACCUCCCGCCCACAGAUGACCCCAUGCUCAUGGAGGAACGGAGACGUUCGUUCUGGGGCUUAUACAUAUUUGAGGGCUUCGUUCGCGUGCGUACUGGGAUGGAGUGUGACCUGGGGGCUGCCGAUGGCUUUGGCAUCUAUCUCCCGUCGCCCGGCUUACUAACGUCCGAGUUCACCCCAACCAAAAUGCCUUAUCUAGGUAAUUUAACGGCCGAUCCUUGUCCCGAAUUAUCAUCAUUUGCAGGCUGCGUUUUGAUGAUGGAGCUUGCUAUUAAAUGUUUCGACCAUGGACGACUAGCGGAGUACGCAUCAACAAGAAAUGGUUUCUGGGACAGUCACUACAAUCUGGUGAGGGUAAUAGAAGAGCGUUUUACGAUGUUACAUAUGCAUCUAAACGCCAAAUCGGUCCGCGAGGAUCCUAUAGCUUUCAGCGUUUACAUGAACCUACGCGGUACCGAAAUAUUCUUCCACGAGGUUGCCGUCAAGCUGGUGGAACAGCAGGGAUAUCCGCUUUUAGCCGCGGCUGAGAGCCAGAAGCGCUCGAUGGCCGCUGCCUAUAAAGUUGCGAGUACUAUGCGUCUAAACUGGCCCUGUCAGCAGCUCGACCGUGAUAUCCUCAACCUGCAGGCCACAUUCCUCGCGUGGCCGGUAGUGAUGGCCAUGAAGGCUCUCAGCCGUGAACUCAAAGGUUCCACACAACUGAAGAGCGAAAGUACGAGCAGCGCAGUGACAUCUUUACGGUUACUCCGAGCCGCGUUGGACUAUAUUGAGGAGUCAGAUGGAUACUGGCAUCGGUGUACAGCUAACAUAGUGGCGGCGCUGCAAGAGUGGGACGAGACCAGCGGCUAUGACCCUAGUGACAUAUGA